CCUUUAGACCGUGUUUUCUUCUUUAUCUGUUCCUUCAAACAUGUCCUUUUUCUCUCAUUCUCUUCAUAUAUUAUACACCCAAAUUCCUUAACCAACCAAAUUAAUCUUUUAUUCUUUUUUUUUUCUUAAGCUAUGAAAUUCUCACUUUUCGCUUGUUUCUCAUCAUGGGAUACUGAAAAUAACAACAUCAACAACGAUUAUGCUGAGGGAGAUAUUAAUGAUGGAAGUUUUCGUGUAUUCACUUAUAACCAAUUGAAAUCUGCUACUAAUAAUUUUGAUCACAAAAUUGGUCAAGGUGGAUUUGGCUCUGUUUAUAAGGGGAGGCUCAUGGAUGGAUCAUUUGUGGCAGUGAAAGUGCUUUCUGUUGAGACUGAAUCUAUGAGAGGAGAGAGGGAAUUUGUUGCAGAAUUGGCUGCACUAUCAAAUAUAAAGCACCAAAAUCUUGUUGGUUUUAAAGGGUGUUGUGUUGAAGGAGCAAAAAGAUAUUUAGUCUAUGAUUAUAUGGAGAAUAAUAGCCUCCAUCACACUUUCUUAGGUUCUGAGGAGAGAAGGAUGAGGUUCAGUUGGGAAUCAAGGAGGAAUAUAUCUAUUGGCGUGGCUCGUGCAAUAUCCUAUCUUCAUGAGGAGUUGAAGCCUCAUAUAGUACAUAGAGAUAUCAAAGCCAAAAAUAUACUAAUUGACAGAAAUUUCACACCAAAAGUUGCAGAUUUUGGUUUGGCCAAAUUAAUGAGAGAUGAAACAUCUUACAUUAGUACUAAAGUUGCAGGAACAUUGGGUUAUUUGGCUCCAGAGUAUGCUAGUUCUGGACAACUAAGAAGAAAAUCAGAUGUUUAUAGCUUUGGAGUAUUGCUUUUACAAAUUAUCACUGGCUUGGCUGUGGUAGAUGCUUAUACAGACAUUGAACGUUUCAUUGUAGAAAAGGCUUGGGCAGCUUAUGAGGCUAAUGAUCUAUUAAGAAUAGUUGAUCCAGUGCUUAAUAAAAACUAUUCAGUGGAAGAAGCCAUAAAAUUCCUCAAAGUGGGGUUACUUUGCGUGCAAGAAACAGCAAGACUUAGGCCAAAAAUGUCGGAGGUUGUAGAAAUGUUGACCAACAACAAUGUUGAUCAUAUGAAAGAGGUUAAGAUUUCAAAACCAGGUUUUGUUGCUGACCUCAGAAACAUUAGAAUAAAACAACACAAGAUAACUGACUCCCCACAAUCUGGUUCUUCUCCAGGAGCAUCCUUUGCAAGCUCCAUCUGGAGUAUGGGAAAUCUCGCCCGUUGAUUUAGAUCAAGAUUUCGCGACGUGUUUAUUGCAAGAAAAAUAUUUUGUCGUUUAUAAUUUUUUUUUGUCUCACUUAUGCGCAUUCUUGCAUGAGAUUUUUACUAGUUUAGGAUUAGAAUUGUGACAAAUUGGUCACCGUGUAUAGAUAGCAAUAGCGCUUAAGAGAUUUCAUAAAAUCCUAUUAUAGUGUUCAUAAUCAAUUUUUAGUUCUUAGGAUUGGUUGCAUCAUCAUGCAAUUUAGGUUAAUUGGUUUUUUUAAUUUUUGUGUGGAAUUGCUUCUAUGUACUUAAGUUUAUUUAUUUUUUUCUGACUUGCAUUGGCGUGCUCAGUGGGCAUAGGGGAAUAAUUAAUUAUACACAACAAGUGGAGGGCCAUGCAAUGUUAGAUCUUGUGUAUCAAUUUUCCAAGUUAGUUGAACUUGAAUGUAAAUUUAUCAUGAAAAAGACAUAACAGAGAGAAUAAAUCGCCCCUUCAAA